AUACAGAAAAGAUAUUUCUUUAAGGUAAGAACUCAUUUAUUAUUUACCUUAUUAAUGUAAUCUCCCAUGCUGUUAAGUCAUUUUUCGGUAGAUCAGAAAAUUCUGAGGUGCAACUUAGAUUUAGGCCUAUAUUCACCACAUAAGACAACCACUAGAAUUAAGAUAACACCACUUCCCCCCAAAAUACAUAACGAAUGAGACAUUUGGUGUGUUAACAUCUUGCAUGCAAAGGUUUCAGAUGCCUAACCCAAGUUUCUCUAUGCAUAUUGUACUUUGUUGUAUCUUUCAGGUGAUGUUGUAUUUGUUCAUGGUGCUGCUGCUACUCCCCUCAAACUUGUCAAAGCCAUGACUGAACAUGGUAAGAGCAGCCAACUUAAGGAUGUAACUGUUUGUCACAUACACACAGAGGGACCAGCCUUGUAUGCUCAGCCAGAUUGUGAAGGUAUAUUUCGGGCCAAUUCCUUCUUUAUCGGGUCUAACUGCAGAAAAACUGUGAAUGAUGGAAGAGGAGAUUUUGUGCCCAUCUUCCUCUCAGAAAUUCCUAUCCUUUUCCAUCGGGAAAUAAUCAAAAUUGAUGUAGCUCUGGUGCAGGUGUCACCACCAGAUAAACAUGGGUUCUGCUCUUUGGGAACAAGCGUUGAUUGUGCUCGUGCUGCAGUGCAAAAUGCAAAGUAUAUUAUUGGGCAGGUUAACCCAUGUAUGCCACGAACAUUCGGUGAUGGCGUUAUCCAUAAGAGUCAUUUUGAUGCUAUGGUUGAUGGCAUUGAGAACCUACCAGAACACAAGCCAAAGGAACGCUCAGAAGUAGACAAUCAAAUUGGGAAACUUAUUGCUGAUAACCUAGUUGUAAAUGGUGCUACUCUACAAAUGGGUAUCGGAAAUAUUCCUGAUGCAGUUUUGGCCUCGUUGAAGGGUCACAAAGAUCUGGGGAUACAUUCUGAAAUGUUCAGUGAUGGAGUGGUUGAUUUGACGGAGGCUGGUUGUAUUACCAAUGCCCACAAGACAUUUCAGCCAGGGAAGAUUGUUGGCAGUUUUAUUGUGGGAACGCGAAGACUUUUUGAUUUUGUGGAUAACAAUCCUUUUGUUACAAUGUGUGAUGUUUCUUUUGUCAACAACAUCCCUAUUAUAGCUGAGAACCCGAAAGUAACUGCCAUUAAUUCAUGCAUUGAAGUAGACUUGACAGGCCAGGUUGUGUCUGAUUCUAUUGGCACUCGGAUGUAUUCAGGUGUUGGUGGGCAAGUGGAUUUCUUAAGAGGAGCUGCAGUUUGUAGGGAUGGCUUAGGAAAGCCUAUCUUAGCCAUGCCUUCUGUAACAUCUCGUGGAGAAUCCAAAAUUGUUCCCUUCCUAAAGCAAGAUCGUGUGGUAUCUCUUGACUAUGGUGUGGAUUCUUGGGUAGACUUGCAUUUAUGUACAGCAUUUUGA